AUGCGGGCCACGUCCUUCGCUCCCGCGGCCCUCGCGCUGCUGCUGCAAUUGACCCUCGCCGACCAGCAGCAGCAGCAGCAGCAGCCGCUGUCCCGCCUCCGGCCUUCGCACCAGCCACCGACCGCUGAUGAGCCGUCACCACUGCCAAAGCAGCAGCACCACCACCAUGUCGACGCCGCAUCGGCCCCGCCGUACAGGGACUCACUCCUCAGCCUGCACAAGUCGCUCGUCUCCAUCGAGUCCAUCACGGGCAACGAGAACGAGGUCGGCCGCUGGCUCGUCGACUACCUCGUCGGGCGCGGCUACGCCGCCGAGCUGCAGUUCGUGGCGCCCAGCGACGGCACGCCCGAGGGCAAGGAGCGUUUCAACGUCGUCGCCUGGCCCGGCGGCCACGAUGAGGGACUUGGGAACCGUGCUGGUAGGAGCAGUGGGAGGAGCGGUCGUGCAGAUCCCAGGGUCGUCUUGACGAGUCACAUUGACGUGGUGCCGCCGCACAUCCCCUACUCCAUCUCCGAUGACGGCGACGCCGUCACGUCGCGCACCAUGAUCAAGGGCCGCGGCUCCGUCGACGCCAAGGCCUCAGUCGCGGCCAUCAUCACCGCCCUCGACGACCUCCUCCACGCUGACUCUGCGUCGCCGGCAUCCUCUUUGAGCGACGACGUUAUGCUGCUCUUCGUCGUCGACGAAGAGGUUGCCGGCGCCGGCAUGCGCGCCUUCUCCGACUCGCUCGCCCGCAUGGACCCCCCGCCGCGGCCCUUCUCGGCCGUCAUCUUCGGCGAGCCGACCGAGAACAAGCUCGCCUGCGGCCACAAGGGCGCCUUGUUCUGCGACAUCACCGCCCGCGGCGUCGCCGCCCACAGCGGCUACCCCUGGCUCGGCAAGUCGGCCAACGAGCUCAUGGUGCGCGCCCUCGCCCGCGUCCUCGACGCCGACCUCGGCACCUCGGACCUCUUUGGCAACACCACAGUCAACGUCGGGCUCUUUGAGGGCGGCGUCGCUGGCAAUGUGAUUCCCGAGAGGGCGUUCGUCAAGAUCGGCGUGCGUGUGGCCAUCGGGCCGCAAAAGCAGGGCGCCAAGGUCGUCGAAGACAAGAUUCAGCGCAUCCUGGACGAGGUGGACGACGAGGCCUUUACGUUUACCUGCAGCCAGGGCUACGGCUCCGUCGAGUGCAACUGCGACGUACCGGACUUUGACACCAUCACCGUCAACUACGGCACCGACGUGCCCAACCUGGCGGGCAACCACACGCGCUACCUCUACGGCCCAGGCGACAUCCUUGUCGCCCACGGCGCGCGGGAGAACCUGACGGUAGGCGUCCUGGAAGAGGCCGUCGAGGGGUACAAGAAGCUCAUCUUGCACGCGCUGGACCACGCGCAAUGA